AAAGUAACCAAUUUGAUAUUUACACAUUUUACACGUAAAACGUAGAUCAGUAACAACCAACACCGCAAAAUCAACUAGGCAAGUCAACAUGUCUAGAAAACAGGUCAAAGGCGAGUACAUCGAGACAGAUACCGGAAACAAAGUAUCAAGAAAGGCCAUCUUAAUCGGUACUCAACACAUCAUGCUAGGCGGCAAGACCGUCAUCCAAGCCGAAGCUAUGAUCCGCGGUGAUCUCGCCAGAACUGCUCAACCUACUUCAUCUUCAGGUGCUGCUCCAGGUAGCAAUACGGCUGUUGCUAUUGGUCGAUAUUGUUAUUUGAGCAAAGGGUGCUGUCUACGUCCACCAGGUCGCAUCUACAAAGGUUCCUUCACAUACCUCCCCCUCCGACUAGGCGAUCACGUUUUCAUCGGCGAAGGCACUGUUGUACAAGCAGCCACGGUCGGGAGCCAUGUCCAUAUCGGCCAGGCCGUCGUCGUCGGCGAGUUUGCCAUCAUCAAGGACUACGUCCGCAUCCUCGACGGUACCGUCAUACCCCCCAACAUGGUCAUACCUAGCUUCAGCAUUGUUGCAGGGCAGCCCGGUCGCGUCAUCGGUGAGGUGCCUGAGGGGGGGCACGAGGCAUUCGAGCUCAGGGAGAUGUACAAGACAGUUGGAAACAAUCCAUUGCCGAUACCUGUUUGAGUUUGAUCGGCCCUCCAUAUUGGAGCUACGUUCUUUUAUACUAGGUAUGGCUAGCUUUAUGCUUUUGCCACUUGACCACUUCCGAGAAGAUAUGCGAAGUAUCCCCUAUACCUACCUGCAUAAGUGCGGCGUCCGGACCGACUAGAUCCCGGCCUACCGAAACCUCGAGGUGCAUUACCUGGGUACUCACGUCCACGAGGUUGCGCUCGUCGCGUUUCGUGAUAGGUCUAAUUCUACAUAACUUAGAAUAGCCUCGGAAAGUACAGAACCGGAUAGGCUAGGAGGUACGAAAAAAAGAUCAAUGCCGAUGACCAGGCUCAGGUUACUCUCCGAUUGGCCUAUGGUGUUAUCACCAAGGACAUGGUCUACCCUAGGUCAGCUAGGGAGGGACCUUUGUAUUUUAUGACAUGUACAAAGCGAAAGUAGGAUUCUAACUGCCGGUCGUAAAAUCUGGGUAAUCAAGUUCGAAGUUUACCGAGCGUUAAGGAGUCGCGGGAGCCGCGGGGAGCCGCGAGAUAGGGGCACAGCCGAGGCGAAUGCUACAUAUGUACGCGAAGUUUUAACUUAUAUGCUUGACCACCCAUUAGAGGAAAUAUCUAUCCAGUAUGUCGGUAGCAAAAUUUACCUGUUUUUACGAAGUUUCUGGCUUCAUCUUGCGGCCAUGUUGUUAGAUCAGUCCCUCCGGGGCAUGAGCCUCACAGAAUGGCUC